GCCAGCUGCCGCACGUCAUGAUUCUACCCCAGAAUAACCUGACAGACGGGGAAGAAGAUCUGCCUGAAGACGCUUUCUCGCUGUUGUCGGUGCUUCUAGUUGGAUUUCUCUUCCUGAUCUUGAUAUUUUUAUCCGUCGCGGGGAACAUUCUGGUCUGCGUGGCGAUUUACACGGACCGCGGGUUACGGAGGAUAGGAAACCUCUUCCUGGCCUCCCUCGCGAUCGCCGAUCUAUUCGUCGGUUGUCUGGUUAUGACGUUCGCCGGUGUGAACGAUCUACUCGGCUAUUGGGUAUUUGGUCCGCGAUUCUGCGAUACAUGGAUCGCAUUCGACGUUAUGUGCAGCACUGCCUCCAUUCUCAACCUUUGCGCAAUCUCCCUCGAUCGUUACAUUCACAUCAAGGAUCCUCUCAGAUACGGUCGUUGGGUAACGAGAAGAGUCGCGGUAGCUGGGAUAGCUAUCGUCUGGUUGCUCGCAGGACUCAUAUCCUUCGUACCGAUCAGCCUAGGCCUUCACCGUGCAGACGAACCCGUAAUCUACGACGACGGUAAAGAGGAACACCCUACGUGCGCCUUAGACCUUACACCCACCUACGCGGUAGUCUCUUCUUCCAUAUCUUUUUACGUGCCCUGCAUCGUAAUGCUAGGGAUUUAUUGCAGGCUCUACUGCUACGCACAGAAACACGUGAAAAGCAUCCGAGCAGUAACGAAACUGCCAGACACCUCGAUGGCCAAGAGUUUUCGCGCGAAGAGUACACGCAACAAGCCGCCGAAACCGCAAACGAAAACGAAGCCGACUAGUCCCUAUCACGUGUCCGAUCACAAAGCCGCCAUUACCGUUGGCGUCAUUAUGGGUGUUUUCUUAAUAUGCUGGGUACCCUUUUUCUGCGUAAAUAUCGUCGCCGCAUAUUGCAAAACCUGCAUAUCAGUUCGAGCAUUCCAAGUACUCACUUGGCUCGGCUACAGCAACUCGGCCUUCAACCCGAUCAUCUACAGCAUCUUCAACACAGAGUUCCGGGAAGCGUUCAAGAGAAUCCUGACGAGGGGUGCACGAAGUCGGGGAAAUCAACCGUCGACCAGCGAAUGUGGUGAAUUCCGUUCUGUAGUCGUACAAAAACGAAACGGGUCUAUGAUCGAAUGUAAUAUUAGCCCGAGAUCAAGCGCGGACAGUUGUCAAGUUGGAAUAAUGGCGCAAAGACACCGCGAUACUAUAGUCAGCGCGAUAUAAAUCGAUCCGAGUCUACCCCUCGGAUAUAUCGAUCUUCCUAUCGAACGCUACUUGCGCGCCGAUACGUAGUGGCGCGGCAAUCGUAUUUUUUGAAAUCACGCGAUCAACUACGGUUCACGAUUUUCUAUCGCGAUUAUUCACCCUUUAUCAGUCGCUUUAAAAUAUAAAUAAAAUCGUGAGUAAAAUCGGACGACACUUGGUCUUUCCAGUCGUUGGUUUCGAAGGGAAACAGAAGAGAAAAGAAAAUUAACGUAAAGACAAUCACCGGAAGGUAGUUCGAGACAUAUCCCUGAGACAUAAUCGAUCUAUGAUAAAACAAAAAAAAAAGAAAAAGGUAAUCUAAAAAUCGAACAGGAUAAAAUAUGAAUUUGAAAAGCAAAAAAGAACAAAUUCGUGUGUAGAAAGAUUUGAGUAUAGUACUUAGAAUACGUUCUCGUAAAGCAAUUGUAAUUAUUGAAAUCGUGUUGAUAGCGCAAUCUACGAUGUAAAAGUGAAUAUUAUACGAAGCACUAAUAGUAACGUCUGUCGAAUCGUAGCUUAUUAGUAUUAGGGUCGCGGUGGAACCCGCACAAAUUCAUUUUCCAUCUUGUACAUAAUCAUUUAUUUAUUUUUCUAUUUGACGGGACACCAAGACGUGAUCCACCUACCUUUGCAUUUUAAGCGAUUUUUCGUUUAGGUGCUAACGUGUCGCAAAACUCGUCGUGCAACCCGUCGAAUCUAACUCGAAUCUGCGUCGUAUAUCCAAACGAAGAAAAUCCUCGCGAAACGAGGAUCAACCGAUGCUCGUUGAGCUUCUUCCAUACAUCUAUAUCUACGAUGCAAAGUACAUUGUAUUCCGACGACAGAGAAACAGGAGGAAAUGAAAGAAUCUCUUUUGUCGGAAUAACACGUGUACGAUGUUGAUGUAUACUAACGAUAUAUUUGAAUGACCGUUUUCUGUAAAUAUAUUAGCGUAAGACUUCCA